UUGAAGUCACAAUCAGAAUUCAACAAAAUUAUUCGAUAUCGAAAAAAAAUGUCAAUUGCAUGCAAUGAAUUGCCAGGGCUUGUGAAGAAUGGAAGCUUUGUUAAUGUAGAUUCUUGCAGUAUAAUAUGCAUACCGAAUUUUGGCAGGGUAAUAAUGAACAACCAAAGUAUUUUUUUUGGUGGAAGUCCUAUGGAUUCACUUUUUGGAGUAUUCAUGGCUCAAGCUAUUUUAGCCUUCGUUGUGUCUCGACUGGUUUACUUUCUUCUUAGACCUCUCAGACAACCCAGAAUUGUGUGUAAUAUCUUGGCUGGUGUAAUAAUGGGGCCUUCAGUUUUAGGUCGAAGUAAAACAUUCACGGACUUAUUUUUCCCAAAGAAUCAGCUGUUAGUCUUCAACACAUUAGCUCCACUCGGCGCAGCGUUUUAUACGUUCAUCGUCGCCAUUAAAAUGGACACAAGCGUUAUUCUAAGAACCGCAAAAACCGCCUGGGUCAUCGGAUUAUGUAGCUACAUUGUCCCGUUUGCGGUCAUUCAGCUCUUCUGUUUACUGAUCGACGGCGAACACGACGAGGCCGGACCUAUUAUGGACUUGUCAUCUUUCUUUCUUGCAUUGUCGUUUUCAACUACUUAUUUUCCCAUAAUCGCUCAUAUUAUGGAAGAGUAUGACCUAAUGACCACCGAGUUAGGGCGAGUCGUGAUGACGUCAGCUUUACUUAAUGAGUUUUUCACUCAUACUAUUGCAACUGCCGCUAAUAUUGUAGAUAAUAAAAAUUUUGUUAGCUCAUUUCAGUCAAGUUUAAUAACAAUUGGACCGAUUAUCGUGGUUUUUAUCGCGGUUGGACCGGCGAUUCAACUGAUUAUCAAAAGAACGCCGGAAGGGAAACCCGUGCAUGAAUUUUAUACUAAUGCUUUAAUGAUAGGAGGGUUAAUCAUGGGAUUUGUGAGUGAUUAUGUAUUCGGUUAUGUUCUACCCGGUCCUUUAUUGCUCGGUCUGAUUAUACCGGACGGUCCGCCUUUAGGUUCGACCAUAGUUGAGAAAUAUGAGUUGAUAACAAUGGAGAUUUUGUUACCUUUCUUUUUUAUUAAAAUUGGUCUUGAAACGGACGUUACUUCCGUUAAGAAUUUGGAAUAUUUUCUCUUCACGUUGUUAUUCACGGUGAUAUGUUUUGUGGCUAAGACUGUCGGAACUAUGGUGGCGGCUUCAUAUCUUAAUAUAAGAGUUGAAAACUCGUUUCUUAUUGGUAUCAUUAUGAACUUCAGAGGGGUUUUUGAGCUUUCACUUUAUGAAUAUUUGGUUGCGAACAAGGCAAUGGAUCAAGGAACAUUUACUAUAUUAGUGAUAUUCAGCAUUUUGUUCAACGGUGUCUUCUGUCCAUUUAUAAACAUAAUCUAUGACCCUCAAGUUAGGCUCAUAAACCCUAACCCUAACACAACAUACUUGCGAACACUUCAAUCAACACCUUUAGGUUCAGAAUUACAUGUCCUUAUAAGCAUCUAUAAUGAAGACAAUGUUCAUGGUUUUAUCAACUUACUCAAAGCUUUUAACCCUAAUUCCGUCACCCCUAUCUCCGCCGACGUCAUCCACGCCAUUGAACUCGUCGGUCAAAAUACACCCUCAUUACACCCUUAUAGUAUUUAUGGAAAAAGAUUCAAAAAUAAUACCUCACAGAAAAUAUUUCUUGCAUUUAUGAACUAUGCGAAAAACUCGAAUGGUCUUGUUUCGAUACACCCGUUUAGUAUGAUUGCUCCGUACAAAACAAUGGAUAAUAUCAUUUGUAAUCUUGCUGAAGACCGAAAAGUUCCUCUUAUUGUUAUUCCUUUCGACAAAAAAUAUAAAAAUUUAUUGUCGGGUUUUAAUUCUCGGCUUCAAGGGAAUGCGCCUUGCACCGUUGGAAUUUUAGUACAAAAAGGGUUGAAAGCUCGAGCCAACUCAUCGUUUAACGAGUUUUCUUGCAGCCUUUUAUUGUUGUUUAUUGGCGGCGAAGAUGAUCGUGAAGCAUUAGCUUUAGCGCUGAGGAUGUCGAAAAAUCCGGAUGUUACCGUUACUUUAUUAAGAGUAAUCAGUCCGAAACAAAGCGGGAAUAAUAUGGAGAUUCUUGAAAAAAACCUAGAUGAUUUAUCGAUAAAUGAAUUCUUGGAGAGGAAUCGUAAGAAUUCUUGGGUUACUUACAAUGAAAUUGUAGCAAAUAGUAGUUCAGAAUUUUUAGAUGUUCUUCGAUCAUUUGAGGAUAAUUAUGAUUUAGUAAUGGUGGGAAAAAAUCCAACAAAAACACAAUUUCAGAUAGAAAUGGUGCAAUGGAUGGAAAAUCAAGAAUUAGGUGUUAUAGGUGAUUUGUUUGCCUCUUGGAAGGAUUCUUAUUACAGUAGGAAUAUGUCAAUUUUGAUUAUACAACAUUGUAGAAAGCCUAAUCAAUUUGUAAUUAGUAUGUACACUAGUGUAGAUUGUAAUACUGGUCCAUUAAAAAGUAUUGUAUAAAUUUUCUUUUGAUGAA